UCGUUGAAUUAUUUGAUUGUUCGUUAUUCUUGUUCGUGCUCAUAUUCUUUUUCAUUUUGAUUCAAGUCGUCUACAUCUAUAUUUUCUGUUAGAUAAAUAAUUAAAGCUCUGUAAACUGUGAAUUUUACAUUGUAAGCGGUUUAUAGUUUUUAAAUACACUACAUAAUUUAUACAAAAACGCCGACAUAAUGUUUUGGGGACUUAUUAUGGAACCGAACAAGCGGUACACGCAGGUUGUGGAAAAACCAUUUCACAUAUCACAAGCUGCAAUGGACAUCUCCACAGGAGAUAAUGAUGCUUGCCAAGUGAUGGUGGUAGUCGAUGGCAAGAACUUCCUUGUUUGUACUUUACAGAAGAACAAAUGCAUACAAGUACCAUUAGAUCUGUAUUUCAAAACUGGAGAUAAUAUUUCAUUCCUUACAAAUGGUAAAUGUAAUGUUCACUUAACUGGGUACUUGGACCCAGAAUAUGAGUUAGAGGUAUCUGAUGGUGAUGAAGAAGAAGAUGAAGAGGAAGCACCUGCUUUAGUACCUACGAAAAACAAGAGAAAACUUGAUAACAGCAAUAAUGUGACGCCCAGCAAAAAAGCUAAGCAAGAUAAAAAAGCAGACAAAAAGGCAUCAGCCGAAGACACUUCAGACUCAGACUCUGAUGAUGAAAACCAGCUCCAAAAGUUCUUAGAUGGUGAAGAUAUUGAUACUGAUGAAAAUGAUGAUUCAUUUAAAGUAAAUACAUCUGGCGAAGCUAGUGAUAGUGACGAGGAAGAUGAUGAUGAAGAAGAGGCUGAAGAGGAAGAGGAUGAAGUUAAUGAAAAGAAGAACAAAAUGGACACAUCCAGCGAAGCAGAAACUACUCUGGAUACCAGCAAGGAAGAUAAUCAAGUAGACAUGUCUAAAUUAAGCAAGAGCCAACGACGACGUCUUAAAAAGAAACAGAAGGCUGCAGCUCAACAACCACUAGUCAAUGGUGUAGACAAAUCUAAGAAGGAGAAACAGGAUGCAAAACAGGAGCAACAAAAAGCAGAUAAAAAGAAACCAGGAGCAAAAAAAGAGGUUCAAGAAGGUGCCGGAGAUAAAAAAGAAAAGAAAUCACUAAGUGGUGGAGUGUUUAUAGAAGAUGUUAGUGUUGGCUCUGGGCCAGCUGCAAAGCCUGGGAAAGUUGUCACCGUAUAUUAUGAAGGACGUUUGAAACAGAACAACAAAAUGUUUGACAACUGCUUGAAAGGUCCCGGUUUCAAGUUUAAACUAGGCGCGAAGGAAGUGAUAGCUGGCUGGGAUGUCGGCAUCAGUGGCAUGAAGGUUGGCGGCAAAAGGAAAAUCGUAUGCCCACCCACGAUGGCAUAUGGAGCAAAGGGCUCGCCACCAGUAAUUCCGCCAAAUUCAACUUUAGUAUUUGAUGUUGAGUUGAAGAAUGUUAAAUGAAAUAAUUAGUUUAUGAAUCUGUAUCAGUGUGUCAUGGACAGUAAUUGUUUUUGGUUAAAAUGAAUGUUAUUGAAAGAUUGCCAUUGUAUGAGGAGUACAGACUAAAAAGUCUGUUCAUGUCAAUUUGAAGCAUCUGCAAUUCAAUAUGAAUCUAUGAAAAAUUAUUGUCAGUAUGUGUUUUUUCUUUUUUUUUUUUUAUUGCAGAUGGUUCAUAAUUGACUUACUUAAGUUCUAUAUAAGCUAGAUUGUAAGAGUUAAACUGGAAUUUAUUUUUAAGAGUCAAAAUUCGUAUUUUCGAAUUUAAAAUAAAGUUACAGUUUACAACAAUGAUAUGCUGCUACCAUUAAAAGAUGAUUUAUUAAUUUUGUAUCUACUUAAUUGGAAUUGUAAUAGUAGGUAAUUUUUUAUGAAGGUCUAUUUUAAAAUUGUGUCAUUUGAAGUCUCGCAUAAACAUACUACAGUUUAAAUCUUAAUGUUUCAUUAGCUAUUUCAAAACAGUAUCAAGAAUUAAAUAACAUUGUAUUAUA